AUGGACGACAUGCAGGCUGUACGUGGCAUGAAUACUGGCCGCCACCAGUUUGUGGAUCUCGUGCCUGUACUGCAUAUCCUUGGUCCCGUUGUCAUCUUUAUACUAUUCGCCGCGUUGCCCGUCGUGCGCUUCGUCACCCUGCCCAAGAGCCAAAGGUCAACCUGCGGCGUGGUCGGGACGGCGAGGAUCAGACUCUCAUACGCAAAUUUUGCACUCGUUGUUACCCAUGCAAGUCCUCUCCCCGGUCUCCCCUCCGCAGGCAUGAAUCCUGACUGGUCCGGCCAGGUCGUCGACGCCGCUCUGCACCCGGUCCAGAGCCUUUAUUCUUUGGCUUCGAUUCUCGCCUGGUCUAUCGUGAGCGUGUCGCUGCACGAGAGCAAGGCUCCAUUCUGGCCCGCCUACCUUCUAGCUUGGACUUCGGCCGCCGUCCUCGACGCCACUCUUCUCUGUUUUUCCAUUUUCUCCUUACCCUCCCAGAAUCUACCACUUGAUGGUGGACGUAUCGGUCAGUUGACUGUGCACGCGAUACGCGUCGCCAUUCUGCUCGCCGUUGCCGGUUAUGCCUUCUACUUCGCCUACCCCAUCGUAGAGGAAGCAAAGAUCGAGGAGCAGACGCAUCUGCUGGCCAACGAACACUCUAGCUCUCGGAACGACUACGACUCAGCCUGCUCUCCGGUAUGCUCUUCUAUCCUUGACGUGGGCGGAGAGGACGACGACGACGAUGCGAGCGACGAUGAGGAUGAGAGGGAGAUCAAAGAGAUGCAGCAGAAGAGACUCGAGGAGAGAGGCGGCUGGCUGUCUUAUCUGAGGAGCUUUGCCAUCUUCCUGCCUUACCUCGUGCCACGCAGAGACAGGUCAACCCAGCUGUGGCUGCUCAUCCUCGGCCUCUGCAUGGCCGUCGGGCGCGUCUUGACCCUCAUGCUUCCUCGCCAACUGGGAAUCUUGACCGAAUCUCUGGGACACAUGGCCGGCACCGGCUCCGUGCCCUGGAAAAAUAUCGUCGUCUGGGCCCUCCUCCAAUUCCCCAUCUCGACAGCCACCCUUUCUCUCGAGGCCAUGGCUUCCACCCGCCUCUCGCAAUACGCGUACCAGAAGCUCACCGACGCCGCCUUUUCCCAUGUCAUGACCCUUUCCAUGGACUACCACACCGCCAAGAGCUCUGGACGCGUCGCCAAGGCUAUCGAGCAGGGCAGCAACCUGAGUCAAGUGCUAAACAGCAUGUUGAACGUUGCGCCCAUGAUCGUCGACUUUGCCGUUGCCAUCGUCUACCUAACCUCCUCCUUUGACGUCUUCAUGGGCUUCAUCGUCAUCGCCACCGCCAUGACACACGCCUUCGUUGCCUACAAAGGUAACAAGUAUACAAUCAAGUACGAGCGCGACCUCGUCGAGACGAGCCGGGUGGAGAACGAGGUCCUCUACGACUCCAUCACCAACUGGCCGACGGUGGCCUAUCACAAUCGUCAACCCUUCGAGCAGGAGCGUUACUCGCGCACAGUACGGAAAGCUCUGCUGUCCCAGCGCCGGUAUCACGACGGUUACGAGUGGAUCAACGUAACCGAGAGCUUCGUCAUGUACGCCGGCCUCAUCGCUGCAUGCUCCUUGAUGGCCACGAGGGUAGCGACCGGCGCGGCGAAGCUGAGCAGCUUCGUCUUCCUCGUCUCUUACUGGGACGCCAUCCGGUCGCCCAUGGUCAGUCUCUCUUGGACGCUGCGCGAGGCGGCUGCCCAUGUCAUCGACGCCGAGUGGCUCUAUCAGCUGCUCCAAACGAAGCCCUCGGUGGCGGACAAGGACGGGGCCCACGAAAUUCGCUGGAACGGUGGCCGAGUCGAGUUCCGCAAUGUUUCUUUCUCAUACUCUCCCGAUAGGCCAAUUAUCCGGGACAUGUCCUUUACGGUAAAACCGGGACAAUCGAUUGCGUUGGUGGGCGAGACCGGUGGCGGCAAGUCGACGACGCUCAAGCUCCUGUACCGAUUUUACGACGUCACGAGCGGCAGCAUCACCAUCGAUGGCCAGGACAUCCGCGACGUGAAACUCGACAGCCUCCGCGAGAGCCUCGGCGCCGUGCCGCAGGAUCCCUCCGUCUUCGACCAGACAAUCAUGGAGAACAUACUCUACGCUCGACCCGGCGCUAACGAGGCGGACGUCAUCGAGGCCUGCAAGGCGGCCCGCAUCCAUGACCAGAUCAUGACGUUUCCCGAAGCGUACCGAACCCGUCUUGGAGAGCGUGGAGUCCGUUUAUCGGGCGGCGAGCUGCAGCGAAUGGCCAUCGCGCGCGUGAUGCUGAGAAAACCGCAGAUUGUCGUGCUGGAUGAGGCCACGAGCGCCGUCGACUCGGACACGGAAGCGCUGGUGCAGAGGGCCAUCCGAGAGCUGAGCCGCGGCCGCACUGUCUUCACAGUGGCCCAUCGCUUGAGCACCGUGGUCUCGGCAGACGUCAUUCUCGUCAUUGACGCCGGCAGAGUGGCGGAACAAGGAACCCAUAGAGAGUUGUUGGCGCUGGGAGGCAAGUACUCGCGGCUAUGGGGCAUGCAGACGGAUAUGGACAAUGUUGGCUGA